AUGGUCACGAAUACGAAUUUCGUGAUCAGCCGCCGCAACGCGCAGCGCUUCGUGCACGCCUUGUUCCCCCCCGACCCCGACGCCCUCCGCCAGGUCUGCCAGCAGGGCUUCGAUGACGCACUCGACUUCCUGCAGAAGAACGGCCUCGUGUCCUGCCCCAGGUGCUCGGAGAUCCUCACGCUGGCGAGCCAGUCUAGUUUCCGAGGGUCAAAUGACAUCCAAAGUGAGGGCAAAGGUGUAGAAAAUGAGGUUAAUGUCCUCGGAAAUGGUGUAGAAAAAUGGUCAAAUGGCGUAGACAAUGAGAGAGAUUGUGUCGGAAAGUACCCCAACCAUUCCCAAUAUGAGGGCAAAGACAUCCAAUAUGAGGGCAAUGGCAACCAAUAUAAGGGUAAUGCCCUCAAAGAGGACAGGAAUUGCCCUCAUGACGUCAAAAAGACUUCAGAAAUUGUUGAAACCUGGUCACAAAAUCUUGGGCUAUUCAGUGUCAACCGCAUUGGUAAAAAAGUUAUUUUUGAAGUUGGAAAUGAGAGUGAGUCCAGUGGCCAAGAAGUUUCCGAUGAAGAACCUGGAAAUUGCGGUUUUACAGUAGAAAUAAGUGGAUAUCGGAUGGAUUUAAACCGCGAAAUUGUGGAUCGCAGUCCCUUCAGAAGCUCCAACCAAGGUGGCAACAAAAACGAAACUGAUUUGGUCAUCCAAACACGGAAACUGGACACCAUCCGUGAAAAAAGGUCCUACGGCUCCCACGGGGACCAUGGGACCCACGAGACCCAAGAAGCCCAAGGGUCCUACGGGACUCAAGAAGCCCAUGAGACCCACGGGGCCCAAGAAGCCCAUGAGACCCACGGGAUCCAUGAAGCCCACGGGUCCAACGGGACCCAAGAAGCCCAUGGGACCCACGGGGCUGACGGAGCCCGCGGGACUCACAAUACCCACGGGACCCAUGGGCUCCACCUCAAUAAUAAGGUCGACAUGUGGGCGACAAGCAGCACGGUGGGCGGCGCCUCUGGUCACUACUGCGAGGACUUGAGGGUUGCCCACGCCCUUCGUAGGACGCCGUCCCUGCUGGGGGUGACGCUGAGCCAGAGCGUGUGCAGGAUGAAGUGCUAUAACUGCGCCGCCUGUAGGAGGAAACUGCAGGAGGCGCUGCUGUCACAGCACAUGGACGCCGCCAUGAGCGUCGCUCCCUCUGUACUGGAACUCCCCCUGCACCUGCUCACCCUCCCGCUCCUCCCCUUCACUCGGUCCCUGGGGCUGCCUUUCAUGUUGCUCAAAAGGAUGCUGCAGUUGCUGCCCCUGUGCACGCUGGUGAGGCUCUACAGAUACACGACGGGGGCAGCAGUUGUGGUCGCUUCGGCUCUGGCGGGCCAACGGAAAUCAAUGGAAAUAAUGGAACCAAUGGAGUCUAUGGAAGAAAUGGAGUCAAUGGAACAAAUGGAGUCAAUGGGAAAUAAUGGACCUGGCCAUAAUUUUUGUUCACCUAAGCCGCAAGAAAUGUUGGCGGAUGCGGAAAAGAAAUUCUGCCGCGGCAGAAGGAAUCGAACCCGCGAACUGGUAAAAAGGAGGGUAAAUUUCGGGCAUCCUGUGGGAUUUGAAGCCGAGGAGCUCCAAAACUUGGGAAUUGUGAAAUACCGCCAAGAAUUAUGCGGAAUCCUGCCAAUGGAUAGCGUGAGACUCCAGGAUCUGAUAGAGGAGAGUCCUUUGACGAGGUAUUUUGCUGAGGGUCACAUGACUGAAUGCUGGUUGCUGGACAGACUUGCGAGCAUUUACCCUGAAGCAUAAAUAAAUUUUACCCUGAAUCUCGAAUAGCUUGUACCCUGAAUCUUGAAUAGCUUCCACCCUGUAUUUUGAAAAACUUCUACCCUGAAUCUUGAAUAGCUUGUGCCCUGAACCUUGAAUCGCUUUUAUCAUGAAUUUUGGAUAACGUUUAUCUUGAAUUACAAUCUUGAAUUUCAGCUACCCUGAUUCUUGGAUUAUUGAAAUGUAGUUACCCCGAUUCUUAAAUAGUUUUCCCUGAGUUGAAAUAGUAAGAUUAUUUAAUGCGAUUCGAAUAGUCUGAUUUUUUUCACGACUCGAAAUAGUUUUAAUACCAUUCUGGAAUAAUUAAUAUACUGAAUACAAGUAAAAUUUACCCUGAUUCGAAAUAUUGCGGGUAUUUGCACUGAUUCUUGAAUAGUUAAGAGGGGUUAAGGGUUAAGGGAUUCGUAAUCCGGGGCCAAUGUUGGAGUUCGAGAUCCGGGGCUAUACUUUCAAAAUCGCUAAGUGAACGUAAGUACUUACGCUCUAUUUU